AGAGUGGAGAGAAAGUGAGAGUCAAAGAGCGAAACAGCCUGAUAGGGAGUGAAGCCAGUGAGUUAGAGAAAGCAGAGGAUGGGGUUAAAGUAGGGGACAGAAGGAGAAGAAGAGUUCAUGACUGUGAACUAGAAGCUGACAGAGGAGGAGAGCCAGAAAGAUCAACAACGUGUGUGUGUAACUUUAAGUGCCAAGGGAAAACUGGGUCAGUAAGAGAGCAUGUGUUAGAGGAGGAGAGGCACACUGGGAGAAGGGGGGAGACGGACAGAGAAAUGGAGAGAAAAGCCUCAGCAGCCCUUGAACUACAGUAACAAGUGGUCACUUGAGUAAUCAUUGGUGAUUCAGAGAGAAAUACAAGUUGCCAAUAAUGGCGAGCCUUCCCAAAGAGCCGCCCGAGGAUGCCAAGAGACAGAGCUUCUGGAUGCCGGGGAACUAUGUGCGCACAGUGCACCGAACCGAGCAGUCCUUCCAGGCCUGCAACGACAUUGUGGCCUGCUUCACGGAGAGAGCAAAGGUAGAAAAGCAGUACGCCCAGCAGCUCAGCCAGUGGAGCAGCAAGUGGAAGACCAUAGUGGAUUCAAGGCCACUUUAUGGCUCCCUCAUGAGGGCGUGGCAAUGCUUCUUCUCGUCCACCGAGCGUUUGUCCACCCUCCACAACUCCAUCUCCCAGUCGCUCAUGGCGGAGGAAGGGGGCCGGGUGAAGACCUGGCAGAAGGAGACAUUUCCAAAGAGAAUCUUCUGUGGGUUCAGGGAGAGCCACGACAACAACACAAGUUUUUCUCGUGCGCAGAAACCCUGGUCCAAAAAGCUGGUGAAGCUGGAGAAGACCCGAGUUGCAUAUCACAAGUCCUGUCAGAGGGAGCAAGCAGCCCUGGACAAGGAGAAACAAGCAAACGAAAACACUGAGAUUAGUCCAGAGAAAAAGCAGAAAUUCACAGAGGCCAGAGAGAAGGUCACAGAGGAGAAAGAAAAGAGUAGAGACAACUACGAGAAACUGCUAGAGGACGCGACAUCCUACACGCCUCGCUACAUGGAGGAGAUGGAAGCCAUUUUUGAAGCGUCGCAGGAGGAGGAGAGGAAGAGGAUCAGCUUUCUGAAGCAGACCUUCCUCUCCAUCCACAGACAUCUUGACAUCACCAACAACGAGAGUGUGAAGGCGGUGUACAGUGAACUCCACCACACUCUGAUGGCCAUCGAAGAGCAAGACGAUCUCAAAUGGUGGAAGAAUCACCACGGUCCUGGCAUGCCCACCGACUGGCCAAAGAUUGAUGAAUGGGUCCCACCAGUAAAAAAGCUAAAUAGAAAGAAGAGAGAAAAGCAACUAAAAGAGAGCCGACCUGUGAUGAUUGGGGGUGUGAAGGUGCGAGCUAUGUACGACUACGUGGGAGAGGAGGGCGAUGAGCUGUCCUUUAAAGCAGGUGAUGUGUUCCUGAAGGUCGAGGAGGAGGACGACCAGGGCUGGUGUCGAGGAGUCCUGACCGGAGGGAGGGAGGGCUUCUAUCCAGCAAAUUACGUUGAAGUCGCAGAGUGACGUCACCCAGUCUAAUAUACUAUGUCCUAAACUUAUUUCUCACGAAGAGUUCGUUUCUAAAUCUUCUAAAGGAAACAUGUAUUAUUAUAAUAUAUCGUAACACAGAUUUAAUCUGUUCCCAGCCAUUUUUGAAAUGUAAAAUUUAAAAAGGCCUUAAUAUUCUAACCUACUUUGGUUUGAGUACUUCUGCAAUAGGAAUUAACUUAUCAAAGACUAAAUGAGCUGUUUGUGCAGGAGCUGAAUGUGUAUAUGUGUGAGUGUGUACGUGUGUUUGCAUGCAUGCGUGCACGUUAAGACGAAACAAAAGUGAACAAGAGAGAAUAUUUAUUUACUGCCGUCAUGUCUGAGUCAUUAGGUCACUGUAGUGAAGAUAGCUGAUAAUGAGGUUGACCCAGGCACAGGUUUACAAUGAUGGCAACACACAAGGUUAAUGUUUACUUAAUAAGUAUUAUGUCGAGGCAAACAAAAGUUACUUUGACUGAGGGAAUGGAUUUUCAAAAUAAAAGUCAUUGUAUUGCCUCCAAUCCAUCUUGUUGACGAUGUUUUGUUGCCAUAGCUGUGAGCUGUGUUGGUCCGUAGAUGGUAAUGUGGAUCAGUUGGUUGGCCCACCAUUUUGGACUGAACUAUAUAAACAACUAUCAAAUGGAUCAACCAUCA